GCCUGCCUGCCUGCCUGCCAGCCAUUGAUCGCCCCUUCCCGUCCGAGCGCGGCCAUCGCGGCCGCCCGGGUGGGCGGGCCGCCUCCGGCAGGAUGAUCACAAAUACGCGCGGCUUCCUGUGGUCGGACCUGGAGACUCGGGCUCUGCUGGAGAUCUGGGGGGAGGCGGACGUGCAGAGCGCCCUGGACGGCAACUUUCGCAACAGCCAUGUGUACCGGGACGUGGCUUGCCGCCUGGCCGAGCUGGGCUUCGAGCGCACCCCGGAGCAGUGCCGCAUCCGCAUCAAGGGCCUCAAGCGCCAGUACUACCAGGCCCGGGAGGGGCUCAAGAAGAACGGGCACGCCAGGAAGAUCUGCAAGUACUACGACGAGAUGGACCGCAUCCUCAGCGGGAGGGCCGGGGCGGCAGGCCUCGACGACAGGCCUCUGAGCCCCGCGGCCGGGGGGGACCCCGAGUGCCGGCGGAGGCAGCAACAGCACCACCUGCAGCAGCAGCAGCAGCACCCCGGCGCCCUGGCCGCCUCCGCCAUCCUCGCCGCCGCCGCCUCCGCAGCGCCCCCUUCCGCCAGGCCCGGCGGGGCUUUGCUUCGCGAGGUGGACGCGGAGGAGGAAGACGAGGACGAGCUGGACGAGGAAGGCGGCGAGCUGCUGGAGUCUCCCCCGAGGGACAACUUCCACGAGGAGUCCGGGGAGUGCUCCUCCUACGCCGAGCACGCCAUCAAAGUGGAGUGCCCGCCCUUCGCCAUCCCGCUACCGCCGGCAGAAGGUUUUAAACAAAUUAAUGCUCACACCAAUGCACCACCCUUAUUAUCUCAGGCUAAAAGAUCAAAAAAACGCCAUGCAAACUUAACACUGGACAAAAUGAUGGAGAAGUUUCUGCAACAAAGCAUGGAUACCGAAGAUAAAUUUUACAAAUAUGAAGAGCAGAGGCUUAAAAUCGAAGACAAACGUCGUGAAGCUGAGCACGCCAGAGAGCUCCAGAUGUUGCAGAUGUUGGGACAGAUGUUAUCAGGGAUUUCUUCCACAGUAUCACAAAGGUCCCAGUAUAUACCUAGCAAUCCUUCACAGAGAUCAAAUCACCGAUCAUACGGGGAUAAUUUUAACUUUAAUUCUAUGUCAACAUCACUUUCGCCACCCAUAGUUAUAGAAAGAUCUUUCUCAGUGCACAAAACACAUUCUGUAAAGGAAAUGGAGAAUAUAUUUCAACUGGUGCGGAAUGUUAUUCCUCCUUUAACUGCCAAAAAGCAUAAAGGCCAAGAUGGACGAAUAGGAAUUAUUGGAGGAUGUCAAGAGUAUACGGGGGCACCAUAUUUUGCUGCAAUUUCAGCUCUCAAAGUGGGUGCAGACAUAUCCCAUGUAUUUUGUACCAAAGAUGCAGCAACUGUAAUAAAGUCUUACAGCCCAGAGCUGAUAGUUCAUCCCGUUCUUGACAGCCCUGAUGCUGUUCAUGAAGUGGAAAAGUGGCUACCACGUCUACACUCGGUUGUUAUCGGACCUGGAUUGGGUAGAGAUGAUGUACUGCUUGAGAAUGCCAAGGGUAUCAUAGAAAAAUCGAAGGUCAAAGGAAUUCCUAUCAUAAUUGAUGCUGAUGGUUUAUGGUUAAUUGCCCAGCAGCCAUCUCUCAUUCAGGGUUACCCUCGAGCGAUUCUUACUCCAAACGCCAUGGAGUUCAGCAGACUGUAUGAAGCUAUGCUUAGGGACCCUGUCGAUAGCAAUGAUCAGCAUGGAUGUCUGCUGAGGCUCAGCCAGGCCUUGGGGAAUUUGACAAUUGUUCAGAAAGGAGAACGUGAUCUUAUUUCAGAUGGAGAAAAAGUGCUUGUAUGCAGUCAUGAAGGAAGCAGCAGAAGGUGUGGUGGACAAGGCGAUCUCCUCUCAGGUUCUCUUGGAGUUCUAGCACACUGGGCCUUUCUUGCUGGACCAGAAAAAACAAAUGGUCAAAACCCCUUCCUAGUGGCUGCAUUUGGAGCAUGUUCACUUACGAGGCAGUGCAACAACCAAGCCUUUCAAAAGUGUGGACGGUCUAUGACAGCCUCUGACAUGGUUUUAGAAAUUGGAGCAGCCUUUAAUAAACUCUUUGAAACCUAAGACCAAAGCAGCAGAGGAAGGAGAAAUACACAACAUGGACAGCAACGGAAAUUACAGUAGGAUAUCCAUGCGUAAUGCACCCUUUUUCAAGUGCUGUUAGCGGUCUUGGUAUACUA